UGCGGUAACAACAGGAUACGAAAGCAACGCUUGAAUUUUCCUCCCGGAGUUUCCUCGAAAAUGUCAGCGAAAUUGUGAGGCAAGUCUUUCAUGGAGAAAGGAAUUGAUAAUCUUAUUUAGGCCAUGGCCUCUGAUCGGCAUCUUAGGACUGUUUUUGAGGCUCUGGACGAAGGAAACCUCGGGUACAUCACGGCGGAUAGAUUUGCAGAUUUGGCGAAAGACUUCGGAGUUCACGAUCAAGACGAACUUGGACGUCUAUUGGGACUUUUGGAUCCAGCACACACUGGGGAAAUAAAUUAUAACUCUUUUUGCCAAGGAAUUCAAGCCGUUGCCACAGAACCUACAGUAAAAGCGCAAGUAAGAUCCUGCGACUCUCCCCUCCUUUGGUCAGAUGGAAAGACAAAGAUAGAUGAUGAUGACACGCAUAGCAACGGAACAUCGGAGAGUACAUUCAACGAAUAUGACGAUAGUGCCCUUACGGACAUGAGCGAGGAUAACACGUCGCCUUUGCUAUACGACGGUUACAGUCCCGCGAUAGAUGGUGACGAUACGGAUAGUGCUAUUGCCGUUCCCUCUGUUAACAUGAAUGGAUUUUUCUCUUCGGAUGGUUUGAGAGUUCCCAAGCUUGUGGAUGACAAUGCCACCUCCUCUCUACCCAGCGAUGAAGAGCAGAGAUUUGAAGACUUUGGUCAGAAUCCCACCGGCAUCGAUUUAGAGGUGCAAGAUGUUGCCAGCCUCAGCGAUUCGGCUGAUACCGUGGAGAGACAAACACCGACGAGCACGAACAAUGGUUCUCUGCAGCCAUUUGAUACCCGCUCACGGCAGAUCAUGAUGAAGAGAGACGUUUGGUCUCACAUGCGACGAAUGAAAUGCAAUCUCUGUAAUAGCAGACUCUACCUGAGCCCGGUACGCAGAAUAUCAUCCAAGGAAUUUGCAAACCAUUUGUACCGUUCAUCAUCUUCACACAAUCUACCCAAUAAAGGAGGAGCAAUGGAAGAUGCCUAUGGAGAAUAUGCUGCAUCAGAUACGGACGUCUUAGAACUUAAUGAUAAGGUGCUGGAAUUAGAAUCUCAACUCACCGUCUUGGAGCAGGAUCAGGUGAGCCGAGCUGGACAGCAAGGACGAUUGAAGAGUGAUAAGAUCAUGCUCAUGCACCAGGUACAGAGUCUUGAGGAACAGUUAAGAGAAGCCGAGAUGAGACAUCAAGAAAGUGUUGAAGACAGAGUCAGGAGACAUAAAGAUCAACUGUCUAAGAAUGAGAAAGAGAUGGAGGAGCAGAUAGAGCUCUUAUCAAACAGAAUAUUAUUUCUUGACCAGGAGAAGUGUCAGCAUGAGACGGAGAUGGACCGUCUGAAACUACACAUGGAGAACCUGAAACAAGAGAACAGCAGACUAGAAGCACAGGUACUAGACCUUGAUAACAAGUGGUUGGCGUUGUCGGUUGAUUAUCAACAGAAGCAAGAUACACACCACAGGGAAAUGAGAGACAUGGAAGAAACUAUCAAAGCUAGUAAUGUGCUUGUAGACGAUUUAUCCCUCGAGCUUGAAGCGUUAAGACACGAGAAUCUAGAGCAACGAGAAUACGGUGCUCGGCUGAUGCGAAGUCCAAGUGUUUCCGACCUUCCAAGCAGAUACUCGGAGAUCAAAGAUGAAGUCAAACGUCUUAAGAAGGAGAAUGCAAACUUAAAGGAUACAAAUGAAGAGAUGAGUGCUCAACUUCUAAAUAACAGUGUACAGAUAGGAAGAAGUUUACUUCACAGAGGGACGUCCAAAUCAGAAUCAUUUGCAUCCGAACUGGAAAAGUCUUCAAAGGAUGAUAUUAUGCAAGCCUUGAGGGAGGAAGAGCAAUUGAAUCGAGACUUACGGGAGUACAUCGGUCGCAUCCUCUCCAGAAUCCUCGAUAGUAACCCGGGACUUCUUGAGAUCCGACCCAAGAGACACGGUAGCGUAGCAUCACUCAUGAGCAUGGACACAUGACAACGGUUUGCUCUUGUAAGACAGUCUUUACAUAGCUCCUUAUAAAAAAAAACUGAUGUACAAAUAUUUCUGGAUCUGGAUCAGGACAAAUAUUUUAAUGCUCUUAUUAGAGCAAACAUGAAGACGAUGAAGAAAUUCUUAGUUUUAGAUGUAGGUGGAAAACCCUCAGAGAAUAAUUCCUGGGAAAACCCACCUGUCAUGUAGAGACGGGAAAACCCAAUCCACACGGUACCCCUGGUGGGAUUCGAACUGGGGUCCCAGAGGUGGAAGGCAAAGAAAGACACCAUUACACCAAGUCAUGAAUCAUGAAUGUUAUAAGGAAGAGACUGUCUUGGAGUGACGCACUCAAUACUUGCUUCCUACGGAAAGCAUCAUAACUUGGGAUGUGAUGACUAGCCGCGUGGCUUGUUCGGGUCUUGUGGAUACUGACUAGACUUUCGGAGUGAUCCCCUGAUUGCGAUUACCCAGGUAUUUGGGUGGUAUGGUAGCUAGUGCUUUAAAGCGCUUGACAGUAUCAUCGCUGUGGCUCUGGUUCGAUUCCUGUAUGGGUCUCAUGGAUUCUGACUAGACUCUGGUAAACUAGGUGAAAUACUGCAUACUCUCCACAUAUCGGGGUGUACACCCUCUGAGAUGAACACUGCAAGUGUACACUCUCUGACUAGCAUAGUCAGCUAGUGCUUAAAGCUCUGGCCUCUCGAUCGCUGUGGCUCUUGUUCUAUUCCUGUUUAGGGCCAGCUGUUAGUAGAGUUGUUCGUUAGUUCUCUCCUUUGCCAUGAGGUUUUUUUCUCCAGACCUUUCAAUUUUUCCUCCCUUUGGAAAAGCCAAACAUUUUCAAUUUCUGCCUCUGUUCAGUGGUCAUUAUAUGUGUUGAUGAGGAUGGCUUCCAAAAGGUGGCGUUACAUUUCUUUUGUUUGACUGUGUUGUAGCCGCAUCCUUUUGCAAUUCAGUUUCUCAGUUGGGGGUAAGGAUGAUACGCCUCCCAAAUUAUUAUUAUUAUUAUAACUUGGGAUGUGAUUGUUGGAUACAUGGCUUGUAUGAGUCUCAAAGUUUCUGCUCAGGCUCUCAUCUCCUUCAGAGAACAAUACAGGGCUGUUCUUUUGGCAACGUCACCAUCAAAGAAUUGAUCACUUUGCUGAAUUCGAAAUCCGCCAAGUAUAUGACACUUAAAAAAACGUCAGCUCAUUGAGCACAUUCAAGGCCGUAAGAAGUCUUACACUUUUGUUCAUACUUGUUGCAGAUGUACCAGCAAACCCUAUUUAAGAGUUGAACAGAAAUUUAUUAGAACAAUUUUAAUUAAUUCUUGCCCUUGUGAUGGAUGCUUUAAAAAAAUUAAGUAGCAUUUGUGUGAAAAAAGUUAAAAUCUUUGCAAUAAAAAGCAGUUUGGAAGACAAGUUUAGGCUGUAGGUCGAAUACUAAUAUGCAGAUUUACUGAAGCAAUCACUAGGCACAAAAAAGACAGAUCUGGUUGUCAAACAAGCAAGGUAUUUCAUCUCAUACAUCUCGCUUCAAGCGCCUUAUUUUGCGUCUUUAUUUUGGCAAUAUCCUUCAACUAUUUCCAAGAGUCAUUUCAUUCACCAUGUUUUUUACGUCCGUUCAAUAAACGAUCGAUACCAUACAUGGGCAUUACUGGCAACAUCUCUCUGUUGUUCAAUGGAUUGUUAGACCUUGUGAAAUUGUGACGUCGGAUAAACGGGCGUGUG